GAGUGUCGCUAAACGAGGUUCCCCUGGAAACAAUGGCUUUCGGAGUUGUGUGCAGCGUUGGCCUGCACUGACAGCUUAUAUCUGACAACGAGGUUUGACCACUUCGUAUUUAAGUAAAAUCAUUUGUAUAUUUCUUAUAUUUAAUCGGCAGAAACGGGUAUAUUAUCAAGCUGGCGGUGUUUUUAAGUCUGGAUAAUGGCGGACUUUGGCCGCUACUACAAUGAGCAUGAUGACCGAGUGGGUGGCCCUCACUUCCGUAACCAUAAAAGUCGUGGGCCACCCAGGGGACGUGUGUACAGUGUACACCAGAGACUGCGAGGGGGUCCCGCAGGAGGCUUCAGCCCUUGUUUCUCGGGCAGGUUUGUGGAUGAAGACGGAGAUGUCAACUUGAACAGUGGCCAGGGUGGAGCUUUCCAGCGGAGAUUCAACCCCUAUGGCCAAGCCAACCGACGAGGAGAUGGCCGAAUGGCUCGAGACAGAAGAGGAGGAUUCAGGAGAUUUAGGCCAGGAGGAGGAAGUCAGCAAUCAGGCAACGCAGAAAGACAAGGAGCUGCACCAGUCUCAGGAAACUCCAAAACAUGGUACAAAAUAACGAUCCCUUUUGGCAAGAAGUAUGAUAAGAGGUGGCUUUUGAGUUCUCUGCAGAAUCACUGCCCUAUACCUUUUACUCCAGUACAUUACUCCACGGAGGGGCAGAAAGUGCAGUUCUACGUAGAGGAUAGCAACACUGCCAGUGCCCUGCGCAAUAUCUCUCACAGGAUCAAAGAUAAUGAAGGAUAUAAGGUCGUCGUGAUCACGAACCCCUGUUCUCCACCAUCCUUCCUCCAGAGUGACCUGAAAGAACAAGACCUUGAACACUUAAAGCAAUGCAUGUCCAAGCGAUUUGAUUCCUCAGAGCAAUUUCUUGACCUGAACAGCAUUCGCAACGAUCAGGAUUUGAUCUCUCAGAACAUCAGUGUGAUUCUGAGUAGGAAGAGCUGCAUGGAGGCUGUGAUAAAGAUCAUUAAAGAAAAUAUCCCACAACUGACCGCACUAAACCUAAGCAAUAACAAGCUCUACAAGCUGGAUGACCUUACAGAGCUGGUGAACAUAGCUCCCAACCUAAGGACUCUCAACCUGUCGAAUAACGAGUUGAAGUCUGAGCAGGAGCUGGACAAGCUGAAGAGCUUGAAGCUGACCGAGCUGUGGCUGGAUCGCAAUCCUCUGUGUGAUCACUUUACAGACCAGGCAACAUAUAUCAGUGCCAUUUGUGGACGAUUCCCCAGGCUCCUCAAACUGGACGGCCACAGUCUUCCUGCACCGAUAGGUUUUGAUGUUGAAACCCGCACUGCAGUUCCUUCCUGCAAGGGCAGCUACUUUGUUUCAGACGAAGUCAAGGAAUUUAUUCUGCGUUUUCUGAACCAAUUCUACAGCGUGUACGACUCGGGAAACAGACAGCCUCUACUGAACGCAUAUCAUGAUGGGGCCUGCUUCUCCCUCAGCAUUCCCUUCACCAUGCACAACCCCUCCAAGUCGAACUUGGGAGAAUACGUAAAUCACAAUCGCAACAUUAAGAGAAUCAAAGAUCCAGUGACGCGGUUCCGUAUGUUGAAGCACACUCGACUGAACGUAGUUGCCUUCCUGAAUGAACUGCCCAAAACCCAGCAUGACUUAGCCUCUUUCACUGUGGAUGUAAACACAUGCUCUCAAACAUUACUGGUGUUUACAGUCAGCGGGGUGUUUAAGGACAUUGACAGCAAGUCAAAAGAAACUACUCUUGCCUUCUCCCGCGUCUUCGUCGCAGUUCCAGCCAUGAAUAAUGGGCUAUGUUUAGUCAAUGAUGCACUCUUUGUAAGGAACGCUACCACUGAAGAGAUCCGCCGUGCUUUUGCCACACCCGCCCCGACCCCGUCUAGCAGCCCCGUAUCCACCCACUCUCCCACUCAGCAGCAGGAGAUGAUCUCCAACUUCUCGCAGAAAUUUCAGAUGAAUCUCGAAUGGUCCCAAAAGUGGCUACAGCAGAAUGACUGGGAUUUUAACCGUGCUGCUCAGCUCUUUACAGAACUCAAGGCUCAGGGCUCCAUAUCAGAGGCGGCUUUCACAUAGUGAAGAUGGAUUCUUCUCCAUUUAGGAAAUCUAAGUGCUAUUUAAAGUUUAAAAAAAAAUAAGGAAAGUUGUUUUAUUAUUAUUAUUAUUAUGUUUUAUUUAUUUAUAAUUGUUUGGAGUUUUCAGUGUUCCUUGAUGUUAUUACUACUCAGGCUGGACGGAAAGUUAAACACUAACAGCACUCCUGUUAUUCUGUUAAUGUUGUGUUUUAAUUAUUUUAUUUGUGUUCAGGACAGCCCUUGUUAGACACAGCAUUAAAAUAGCAAUAAAAUUCUGUGGUUAUUGUUCAUCUGUUUUAUAAGUGUUUGGAAAAAAAAAAUUGCUGCCAAAUUCUUUGCUGUUUUCUGGUUUUGUUCUGGGGUACAGAGGGAGUGCAGGGGAGCAGCACACUCUCAACUUUAGUUUUUGUAAAGAAUAAACAGAACUGGUACAGUUUAUUUAAAGAAAAUAUCAAUUGUGGCGUGAAUGAUAAUAUAGUAAUAUAAUACUGUGAUACAGUUUCACAUUGCUUUACUUUUUCUUCUUCAUUCAAGGACUUUGUUACCUGUUGUGUAUAUACAAUUAAUAAAUAGAGCAACAUUUGUUUGU